AUGGAUGACACUUCUGACAAGAGUGAAACUGUUCGUUCGGGUAUUAAAGAGCUACAUCAAUCUAAAAAAUACCAGAACCAGGUGACACUAGAUUUGUAUCGAAAUCACCCCGAGUCUUCGAUAAAACGAUCUAAUUCGUACGACAAACGUUUUGAUCCUUUCACAAAAAGAUUUUGUCUUUAUCCUUACGACAAGCGUUUCGAUCCCUUCAUGAAACGGUUCAAUCCUUACGACAAGCGUUUUGAUCCCUUCAUGAAACGGUUCAAUCCUUACGACAAGCGUUUUGAUCCCUUCAUGAAACGGUUCAAUCCUUACGACAAGCGUUUCGAACCCUUCAUGAAACGGUUCAAUCCUUACGACAAGCGUUUCGAUCCCUUCAUGAAGCGGUUCAAUCCUCACAACAAGCGUUUUGACUGA